CAACCGGUAGGCAUUUUGCUUGUCAGCAUAUUUUUAAACAUCUCGCUACUGAGCGGAACGAAUGAGUAUCUACCGAUUCUUUUCAUUACAAGAUAUUAUUCAUGUAUCAAAAGUCUCAACUUGUUCAGCAGGACUCGACAAGAAAUUAAAUAAAGACUGAACCGUAAGUACAGUGUUACUGUUCUUUCAAUAAUCUCUUGAUCGUUAAACGAUUUGAAACCGGCAUGCUGUGACCAGUCUCGUUAUAAAGUAUCUUUUCAUAUCUCAAGCUUUGUGACCAUGCAAAUUGCUUUACUUGAAUAGAGUUUGCCAUUUCGGACACAAUAUCUCGAAAACCUUGCCUGACCAAGUCGAGUGGACUGGAGACGUGCUCCUGAACCAUGUGCUCCGUUGGAAUGUUAACGAAGACUAUGAUUAUUGCAGUUGUGGUAAGUUCACAUUCUGUUUAUUUCAGGCGGGCAAAAUUCAAGCGAUGGAUUAAAUGUAUAUUGUUAAUUCAGAUAGUUUGUUUUACAAUCAGCAGAGAACGUCGGAAAUCAUUAUUUCUUGAUAUUGCUACCUAUGACAUGUGAAGUAAAUUCAUGACAUACACCGGUAGUAUUGAGCAUAUGACAUCAACUUCUCUUUUCCCCUCUUUUUCCCUUUAAGAUGCUAACUGUAUACCAGCUGAUUACUAUAGGGUAAGGAAAAAACGCUUAUCUGGCGGUAACAGAGGGGGAAGAUACUGUUCCAAUAACAAAAUGAAGGUUCCUUCUUUUUCAGCUCCAAGCACAAGGAAGAGAUUGCUUGGGUUGCAAAGGUGAUGAGAUCACCUGGCGUAGCGAUAAACCAGGAAAGAAAAACACGUGUAUACCGUGUAUCGACUGCCCGGACGGAACUGAACCGUCGAUUCCUUGCGGAGGGACCGCCAAAUAUGGAACACACUUACAUUGCGAGGCAUGCAGGCAAGGAACCUUUUCGGACAAUUAUGGAAAAGGACCCUGUAAGCCAUGCUCUCUAUGCUCUGUCGGACGUACAGUGACAAGGAAUUGUUCUCCGACGAAGAACACUCAAUGUGGCUCUUGUAAGUACGGCUAUUACCAGAAAGUUGUCACCAUUAACCUGCUUUCCGAUUGCCUCCCGUGUUCUGUCUGCUGUGGGGACGGUAAAGAUAAGUUAGAAAAGCAGUGCACAGAUCAAGGGCUUCCAAGUCAACAACAUUGCAAACUCAGAGCCGCGCCUAGCUGUUCGAAGAUCACAUCGAGCACGUCAUUUUUAGGAGCAAAUCAUACGGCGAAGAAAGGAACAAUCCGAAAGGGAAAAUCAGAGGAAGCUACUUCAGCUGCUUCAUCAAGAACACUGGAGCCGUCCGCAAGAACCACUGUCAUAACCACAAACGCGACAUUUUCCUCUCAUGAAACGUUACCUACCUCUCAGCAUGGAACUAGUUCAGCUUCAGAAGGAUUUCACGGCAGUAAAUCAAAGGGACCUUUUUCGAGAGAAGCGUCGAUAAUAAUAAUGGCACUGUUAUUGUUGUUUCCUCUAUGUGUGGGAUUUCCAUUAUUUUCAUUGCAAUAAUUGUAAUUGUUCUUAAGCGAAACAAACUUGCACGCUUCUUUGUAAGGACGAGGUGUGGUCCUAUCUUGAGGUGUACAGACGCUGAACUCGGCAAACUAACAGAGAGUACUCCGUUGGAUGUUGUGCCAUUAGAGAUAGGAGAUAGGUGCAUUUGCACUAUUUUGAACACAGUCGAAUGACAGCAAAUUACUCAGUCGUUGAGACACUUUCUUAAAGGACCAACCAAUCAGGACAAAAACACAGGAGAAGACGGCGAUUAAAAAAAUUAUUUCUAUUUUUAACUAGAGUUUCGCGAAUGGCUACAUGUGUUAACUAUCUCUUUCGGCGCUACGCCUCAACUUAAGUAUAACGUAUGUGAACAGUUCCAAAUGGAAAGUUAAAUAAUUUUUUGUCAAGGCUCACGUUCUCAGCUUUGACUCGUCCUUGGUGCAGUCGCUGUCGUAGUUUGCUUAAAGUCGCAGAUCCCAAGGGAGACCCUUAAUAUCAAUCUAUAGGUACAGCUGUUUCAUGUUUAAGACACAGAUAAUGACAAAGAUUUCUAAAAGCGAGGAGUGGUGAACAUGUACCUUAUGUAAGACUUGACAAAACAGGUUUCAUUUCAUUUAUUUAUGAAAUGCUAACAGCGUAAUAUUUUCGUGAUAGGUUUGGUUCUCAAAAUUAAUUAUUGAAAGAAAAAGUUACUUCAAAUAAGUAAAUAAACAAGUUCAAAUAAACACAAAGGGAACAAAAUAGAGGACAGUACAAAGUAGGAUUAGAACUCAGAUACUCAGACCGUGACGUUUCUCCGUGACCAGUUUCUCCUCCGUUUACCCACUUAAUGGUUUCAACGUAGCGUUCUUUUCCAGUUUAACAACAUAAAUAUCAGUAAUUUUCCUUUUCUUUUUGUAGUUCUGGUUUCCUUAAAAGAUUUGAAGUCCCUUUCACCGAAUAUACUGAGGAACGAUGUCGUUGAACUUGUGAAAGAAUUCAUUCAUAGAUAAGUGAAAUUUUUAGACACAUAAGGUUCGUAAUGAAGAAAGGCGAAAUUUGUAAUAUGAGCGAGAUCAAUUAGGAACGGGUCACGACCACAUACAUUUCUCACUUUUACAAUUCUAAGGCGGCUAAAGCUCAUGACACGAAACUAGAUUGAGCGUCACUGUUACCGUUGCGAGAUGAGUUGUGUUGCAUGUAGCUUUGUAGGUUUUCCAUCGGGACAGUUUACACAGGAACGGUUCUUUGUUGAUGUAAUAUUUUGCAAUGUUUCGUAAAUAAAACUGACUUCCUUUUUCGCCC